GAGUGAACGACCAGGCAAAUCACGAAAAUUCUCCCAACAAGUGGGGAUUUGAUAGGUGAUGGUUCGUUCAUAUGGAUCGGGUGGGAGGGAGGGGCAGCAGGAAAUAGCAGGCGAGUGCAGAGUUCUCACUGACUGCUCUGACCUCCCCUGGUACAGUCGUCUGGUACCCCCAUCCCAAAUCCCGAUGAUCCCGAUGUCUUCCUUUGACUUUGUUGUUUGUUUCUACGGUACAGUAAUCGCAGUCAGAGCUGGGUGAUGGUGACAGCUUUGUUGCUUGGAAGGCUUCUGACUACCAGGAAGGAAUGAGGUGUUAGCUUCCGAAGAGUUUCAGACAGAGGAUCUGCUGUGCUCUGGUGUGUGUGGGGAUGGUUAAACUCGAAAGACAAUGCGCCAACUGAACGAUGAACCCGAUCAGAUGACGUGAGGAAUUGUGGGGUUGAGGUGGGGAGGUUCGAAAGAAGGUAUGAAGACUUUCAGCGAUGGCAGGUGACAAGAAUUGAGUUCCUAGGGAGAACGAGGAGGAUUAGGUCUUGGGUGCUCUGGGAUUAUGUCUUACUUUGUACCGCCCUGCAAUUAUGGAAUGGUGGAACACGACCUCAGCAGAUCUGGGCAGUGCCAUCAGCUGAAUUUUCCUUUUCUGGAACGCCUCAAUCUGAAAACUGUCAUCUAUCUCUCCAACGAUGAGCCUUCACAACCCUUCUUAAAUUUUCUCCUUGAUCAAGGGAUCGAUCUGGUGAGACCAUCGGGAGCUGACGAACAAACAAACCCUGGCAGUCCAAUGUCUGAAGCCGAGGUUCUUUCCGCCUUGCAGGUGAUUCUUUCUCCUCAAUAUUACCCAUUACACGUAAUGUGUAACUUGGGCCGACAUAGAACAGGUACUGUCAUUGGUUGCUUGAGGAAGUUGCAAAGGUGGAACCUAACAGCAAUAUUUGAAGAGUACCGGCGGUAUGCAGGCAGCAAGGUCCGACUCCUGAACGAACAGUUUAUUGAACUCUUCGACACGGACCUUGUACGCAUUCCGGUUGAACAUCCCGCUUGGCUUUGAUCACUUGAGGAGCUUAUUCGGCCAACUUGACAUACUAACAAGGCCACUCUCAGAAGAACAGUUCUUGAUUAAAACUCCUGAAGGUAGCUUAUCUACGAUGUAUAGGGGUUGUUGCAACUUUAGUCAAAUCUUAAAGUUGCAGAGCAAGUUUCUGUGAGUGUCCUCAGUAUGUUCAUGAACUUGUUUACAGCUAUGGAGAAUCAGAUCCGUUCAGAGAACCCUUUCGAGGUGGAUCUUCCAAAGAAAUUUUGUCUCAAGGUCCAUUCAUGCGUAAAGGUUGUUCUCACAUUUGUAAAAAAUAUUACUCUGGAAGCUUUUCUGGCCUCCAUGUCAAGAUGUACCAUGCUUACUCAUGACUUCUGUAAAUUGCGCACUGUG